AUGGCUUCCCACCGCCAGCCGGAGUCUGCCAUCGAUGAUGCCGACUUCAUCGAGGACCACAAUGAGCACCACCAGGACUCAGUCCACCGCCGUCUGCGCGCCAACUCCACCAUCAUGCACUUCCAAAAGAUUCUAGUCGCCAACCGUGGUGAAAUUCCCAUCCGUAUCUUCCGUACCGCACACGAAUUGUCUCUCCAGACAGUCGCUGUCUACUCACACGAGGACCGUCUCGGUAUGCAUCGUCAGAAGGCCGAUGAGGCCUACAUGAUCGGAAAGCGGGGCCAAUACACCCCCGUUGGUGCCUAUUUGGCCGGUGAUGAAAUUAUCAAGAUUGCCGUCGAGCACGGCGUUCACCUGAUUCAUCCCGGUUAUGGUUUCCUUUCGGAGAACGCCGAGUUCGCCCGUAAUGUCGAGAAGGCAGGCAUUGUCUUCGUCGGUCCCAAGCCUGAGACUAUCGAUGCUCUUGGUGACAAGGUUUCUGCUCGCAAUGUUGCUAUUGCAUGCAAUGUCCCCGUUGUCCCCGGAACACCGGGCCCCAUUGCGAAGUUCGAGGAAGUGAAGGAAUUCACUGAUAAAUACGGCUUCCCUAUCAUCAUCAAGGCUGCCUUUGGUGGUGGUGGCCGUGGUAUGCGUGUUGUCAAUGACCAGGCUAGCCUGGCCGAAGCUUUCGAACGUGCUACGUCCGAGGCUUUGAGUGCCUUCGGCAAUGGUACCGUUUUUGUCGAGCGUUUCCUCUACCAACCUAAGCACAUUGAGGUUCAGCUUUUGGGUGACAACCACGGCAAUGUCGUUCAUCUUUUCGAGCGUGAUUGCUCUGUUCAGCGUCGUCACCAGAAGGUCGUCGAAAUUGCCCCGGCAAAGGAUCUCCCUGUCGAUGUCCGUGACAAGAUGUUGGCCGAUGCAGUGAGACUGGCUAAGCAUGUCGGCUACCGCAAUGCUGGUACUGCUGAGUUCUUGUAUUCGCCAGCAGACAACAAGGCAUACUUUAUCGAGGUGAACCCUCGUAUUCAGGUAGAGCACACGAUUACAGAGGAAAUCACAGGCAUCGAUCUGGUGGCGGCACAGAUCCAGAUUGCCGCCGGUGCUUCUUUGGAACAACUCGGAUUGACUCAGGACCGCAUUUCUACUCGAGGAUUUGCUAUCCAAUGCCGUAUCACUACUGAGGACCCAUCCAAUGGAUUCUCCCCCGAUACUGGCAAGAUCGAGGUUUAUCGGUCUGCCGGUGGUAACGGAGUCCGUCUGGACGGUGGCAACGGAUUUGCUGGUGCCAUCAUCACUCCUCACUACGAUUCUAUGCUGGUUAAGUGCACUUGCCGUGGCUCGACAUAUGAAAUAUCCCGCCGCAAGAUGCUGCGUGCUCUGGUUGAGUUCCGUAUCCGCGGUGUCAAGACGAACAUUCCUUUCCUUGCCUCGCUGCUGAGCCACCCUACUUUCAUCGAUGGCACUUGCUGGACCACUUUCAUUGAUGAUACCCCCGAGCUGUUCACCCUCGUCAACAGUCAAAACCGUGCCCAGAAGUUGCUCACCUACCUUGGUGACCUUGCUGUCAACGGUAGUAGCAUCAAGGGCCAAAUUGGUGAGCCCAAGUUCAAGGGCGAGAUCAUCAGGCCCACUCUCCAUGAUGCUGCUGGCAAGCCCAUUGACGUUUCUUCCCCUGCUACCAAGGGAUGGAAGCAGAUUUUGGACAGCCAAGGCCCCGAGGCCUGGGCUCGCGCAGUGCGCGCCAACAAGGGCUGCUUGAUCAUGGACACCACCUGGCGUGAUGCCCACCAGUCGUUGCUUGCCACUCGUGUGCGAACAAUCGAUAUGCUGAACAUCGCUGCCGAGACUAGCCACGCUUUGAGCAACGCCUACUCUCUGGAGUGCUGGGGUGGAGCUACAUUCGACGUCGCUAUGCGCUUCCUCUAUGAGGAUCCUUGGGACAGACUCCGCAAGAUGCGCAAGGCUGUUCCUAACAUUCCCUUCCAGAUGCUGCUUCGUGGCGCCAACGGCGUUGCUUACUCAUCUCUCCCUGACAAUGCCAUCUACCACUUCUGUAAGCAGGCCAAGAAGUACGGUGUCGACAUUUUCCGUGUUUUUGAUGCCCUUAACGAUCUUGACCAGCUUGAGGUUGGUAUUAAGGCUGUCCACGAGGCUGGCGGUGUCGUUGAGGCCACCAUGUGCUACAGCGGUGACAUGUUGAACCCCAAGAAGAAGUACAGCUUCGAGUACUACAUGGGCUUGGUUGACAAGAUUGUCAAGAUGGGUCCCCAUGUUCUUGGAAUCAAGGACAUGGCCGGUGUGCUCAAGCCCCAGGCCGCUCGCAUCCUGAUCGGAGGCAUCCGCGAGCGUUACCCCGAUCUCCCAAUCCACGUCCACACCCACGACUCGGCCGGAACCGGUGUUGCCUCCAUGAUUGCGUGUGCCGAGGCCGGUGCUGAUGCUGUCGACGCUGCUACCGACAGUCUGUCCGGUAUGACCUCGCAGCCCAGCAUUGGUGCUCUCCUUGCUUCCCUCCAGGGUACCCAGUACGACCCUGGUUUGGACCUCUCACAUGUCCGCGCUCUUGACUCCUACUGGGCCCAACUUCGUUUGCUCUACUCUCCCUUCGAGGCUGGUCUGACUGGUCCCGAUCCCGAGGUGUACGAGCACGAGAUCCCCGGUGGCCAACUGACCAACCUGAUUUUCCAGGCCAGCCAGUUGGGUCUUGGACAGCAGUGGGCUGAGACCAAGAAGGCUUACGAGGUGGCCAACGAAUUGCUGGGCGAUAUCGUUAAGGUCACCCCCUCUUCCAAGGUGUGUGGCGACUUUGCCUCUUGGAUUGUCAGCAACAAGCUGUCCGCCCAGGAUGUGAUCGACCGGGCUGAUCAGCUCGACUUCCCCGGCUCGGUCCUUGAAUUCUUCGAGGGUCUUAUGGGCCAACCCUACGGCGGUUUCCCCGAGCCCCUGCGCACCAAGGCCCUCCGUGGCCGCCGCAAGCUCGACAAGCGCCCCGGUCUGUACCUCGAGCCCAUGGAUCUCAUCAAGAUCAAGAACGAGAUCCGCGAGAAGUACGGUGCUGCCACCGAGUGCGACGUCGCCAGUUACGCCAUGUACCCCAAGGUGUACGAUGACUACAAGAAGUUCGUGCAGAAGUUCGGUGAUCUUUCCGUUCUUCCUACCCGAUACUUCUUGGCUAGACCCGAGAUCGGCGAGGAGUUCCACGUCGAGCUGGAGAAGGGCAAGGUCCUGAUCCUGAAGCUGCUUGCCAUUGGUCCUCUCUCCGAGCAGACUGGCCAGCGUGAGGUCUUCUACGAGGUCAACGGUGAAGUUCGCCAGGUCAGCGUUGAUGACAAGAAGGCCUCAGUCGACAACAUUGCCCGUCCCAAGGCCGACGCUGCAGACAGCAGCCAGGUCGGUGCUCCUAUGAGCGGUGUCGUGGUUGAGAUCCGCAUUCACGACGGCCACGAGGUCAAGAAGGGUGACCCCAUUGCGGUGCUGAGCGCCAUGAAGAUGGAAAUGGUGAUUUCCGCCCCGCACAGCGGAAAGGUGUCCGAGCUCCAGGUCCGGGAGGGUGACUCUGUUGAUGGCCAAGAUCUGGUCUGCAAGAUCAGCAAGGCAUAA